CUCGGAUUCACUUGCUCAUGGAUGCAGCAAGUCGCGUCUCCCGAUUGAGGUCCACCCUACGUCCUGCUCCGUCAUGACAUAUUCGACACCAUCCAUAUCCCGGAAUUAGCCAAAGGCCUUGCAUCAUCCAGACCCUUUUAUGAUACUUGGUUGUCCGACUGUUGCUAUUAGCAGUGCCGAAGGCUCCUCGUUAAAGCCAUGGACCGACCAUACCAGGGCGUUUCCAAGGUCACCACCUUCGACUUCAUCGCGAAACUCGGAGAAGGCACUUUUGGUGAAGUGUGGAAAUGCCGUGAUACACGCUCUAAGGAAAUCGUUGCGCUCAAGAAGAUCAUCAUCCACAGCGAGAAAGAUGGCUUCCCGAUCACAGCGCUUCGGGAAAUCAAGCUUCUUAAUCAAGUAUCCCAUCCAAAUCUCCUCAAACUUAUGGAGAUGGCUGUCAAGCGAGGAGUGAAAGCAAGAGAAAAGGAUAUUCAUUACAUGGUGACACCCUAUAUGGAGCAUGACCUCUCCGGACUUCUUGACAACCCCGAUGUCGAUUUCACGGAAGGCCAGAUCAAGAGCUAUAUGCUGCAACUGCUUGCCGGGCUCGAAUAUCUCCACGAGGCACGGAUCAUGCAUCGCGACAUGAAGGCGGCCAACCUUCUGAUCAGCAACAAAGGCAUUCUUCAAAUUGCCGAUUUUGGCCUUGCGCGUCCAUAUUUCGAUUCUCCCCCGAAGCCUGGCCAAGGCGGCGGAUCCGGAACCCAUGACUAUACGGCCCUGGUGGUGACACGGUGGUACCGACCGCCGGAGCUUUUGAUGAAACUGACCAAGUACACGACUGCCGUGGACAUGUGGGGAGUCGGCUGCGUCUUUGGCGAAAUGUUCAAGCGCAAACCGAUCCUCGUCGGCACCAGUGACGAGAACCAAGCGACAUUAAUCUUCAAUCUCGUGGGUUCGCCGAGCGACCAGAAUAUGCCUGGUUGGAAAGAGCUGCCAGGCGUCGGAGAAGUCUAUAACAAGAUAUGGGCGCCUACGAGUGGAAACUUACGGAAGAUCUUCAGAGAACUCUCCACCGAUGCGCUUGAUUUGUUAGAGAAGCUUCUGACUCUCGAUUGGCGGGGAAGAAUCAACGCGAUCGAUGCUCUAAAACAUCCCUACUUCCGAACGAAGCCGUAUCCUUUGCGUCCACACGAGAUUCCGAGAUUCGAGGACUCCCAUGAGAUCGACCGUCGCUCCGUUCGGAGCAAACCGAACCUGCCUCCAGCGCCUGCUGGUGGUGAAAUGGGUAACGGCCAGAAUGACGACUUUUUCAAUGACCGUGGCGCUGCGUAUAGCCGUGCACCCGGCGUAGGAGCAGCAUAUCGGCAUCAUAGCCAUCAUUCUGGACCGGACGGUCGCUAUCACAUGAACAGUGGGAGGAACGCUCCCAGAGCUCACGACCGUGAGCGCAAACCACAUGCGGACAGCUACGUUCCUGCGUAUUCCGAUGGUGCCAGGGUGCGAGAUCGCGAACCUGGGGAGCUCAACCGACGGUCGGCAAGUUUAGAUUACGACGACACUCCGAAUCGCAAACCUCGCCAGGGGGAGCGCCAAUAUCGAGACCGCGACUACCAUCACGUAGACCGACGAGAACCGCCUCGCGACCGAGGUCAUUACAGAGAGGAUGACCGCGACGGACGUCGACACGAUCCUGACCGCCCCAGGCAUGCAUCACCACGACGCCAUGUUGACCGCGCAUUCGGUGGCGGUCGGAAUCGAAGCCGAUCCAAAAGUGCUGAGAGGCAGCGAGAACUGGAUGAUAGAGGCAGCACUACUAGUGGUUGGCGACGAUGAAACCUCUAUUCUGGUGGCUCUGCACAAUAUUAACGACGAAUCUUUUAGGAAUGUUAAACUAUGACAGCGUCGGUGAAAGGAGAUUCGAUCGCUACCCACGGUCGGAACAAGGAUGGAAUAGAAGACGGUAUCAACCAGGCAUGGCAGGUUGGAAAGAUCCGGAAACUAUGCUGUGGUACGGUUAUGAGAUGGACAGGACGACGGAAUGAUGGUCACGCGGUGUUCAAUCUGCGAAUGCAGCCGUCGGCCUCGUUGUCAGGGGU